UACGCGGUCGCCUGCGCCGCCUCCGGGUGCCGUUGGCUGCCGUUGGGCCGCUUCCCGCGCGUCGUCCAGCCCGCCUCUCCGCUAGCCGCAGCCCCAGCUCCUCCCUCGUCCGGCCCCUGGGGCGGAGUCUGUUGGCUCGCCCUCCCCUCGCCGCCUAAGCCUGCUUUCCGACAACUGGGUCCCCUCCCCACAGCAACACGGCGUCUCCUACUCGCCGCGGCGACAGGGGUUUCCCCUCAGCCGCCGCCGCUGCCGGCCGAGCCCAGCCGCACCCGCGGCCCGCGGCUGCCAUGCAGUUUAUGCUGCUUUUUAGUCGUCAGGGGAAGCUUCGACUGCAGAAAUGGUAUGUCCCACUGUCAGACAAAGAGAAGAAAAAGAUCACAAGAGAACUUGUUCAGACCGUUUUAGCACGGAAACCUAAAAUGUGCAGCUUUCUUGAGUGGCGAGAUCUGAAGAUUGUUUACAAAAGAUAUGCAAGUCUGUAUUUUUGCUGUGCCAUUGAGGAUCAGGACAAUGAACUAAUUACCCUGGAAAUAAUUCAUCGUUAUGUGGAAUUACUUGACAAGUAUUUUGGAAGUGUGUGUGAACUUGAUAUCAUCUUUAAUUUUGAGAAGGCUUACUUUAUUUUGGAUGAGUUUCUUUUGGGAGGAGAAGUUCAAGAAACAUCCAAGAAAAAUGUCCUUAAAGCAAUUGAGCAGGCCGAUCUACUGCAGGAGAAAACAGAGAAUAUGUAUCACAGCAAGAGUUUCAUUGGGUGUAAGAGAGCGUACUAGAAUACGUGCUGGAGUACUGACAUGCAUCAAAAUGUACCACGGCAUGAAUAUUUUAAUGUCCCUGUGUACUAAAUGACUACUCAUCGAAUAUGCAGAAUUUCACAGAGGAAAUAGAGAGCUGACGUACUUAUGAAAGAAAAUAUCCUCAGCUUGGUGACUGGUUAUCUUGCAUAAAAAUAAUAGAAAGUUUCAGAAAAAGUACCUUCACAGAUGUAUUUUUUUCCUGUUCUCAUUCCUAACUCAUCUGUUUUAUUUUCAUUAUAUAUGUAAACUUGAUAUAGCUUAUUCCUGUCCACGAUUGAUUUAAUUUCUCCUCAACAAAAAUAUGGCCUAUAAAUGCCUUGAGUAAGAUUCCAUCUUAAACACAUACAUGUUGUCAUUAAUGAAUCAUCUAUUAUUAAUCUAAAGAAAACCUGGCAGUUGUUUACCAAAGAAAAUACAGCUGAAGUGCCAGGUCAUACUAAGCAGUGCUAUGGUAUAUAUUGUGAAUUGGCCUCCCAAUGUUGGUGGGGAGGGGGACAAAAAGAAAUGCUAUUUAGUGUGAUUAUCAUAGAGUCUAUAUGAGCUAAUGUGUUCUAAUGUAUCACAUAAAAGUAUAUGUGGAAGUAAUACAACAAAGUAAAGUUAAUUUGGAUUAUUAUAUUUUAUGGUUAAAACAUUCAGUUUUUAAGAAAUUUUAUAGUGCCACAUAUAUGUAAUCACAUUUGUGCUGUAUAAUAUCACAUUGUCCCUCUAAGAUCUGUCAGAGAGCUAUAUCCAAAAAGUUGCUUCUGCAAUAUCUGUUGCUCAGUAGUAGCCCUUUGAAAGUAUUAAUACUGAGUUUAUUCAUGUAGUUAAAAAUUUUAAUAUUCAGUUUUAAAACCUAAACAUGUUUUACUAGUUAUGGCUUCCUAAUAUUUUGAGUCUUCAUUUCACUACUUAAUGCUUUGUUAACUAUGACCAUAUUUCUGAAUAUUAAAACUUUUACCAUCACUAUUGCAUAUGCUUUUAAAUAAAACCUAGAGCAUAUUAUAAAAGGAAAAGUACCAAAUAUUUCAUUGUUUAUAUGAGUUAAGAAGUUGUCAUUAAACAGUAAAUUCAAAAGGUGCUUGGACUAGCUAACAACUGGAAGAAGACUUAUGAAAAUGUGUGUUGACCAAACUUAGUACUAGGCAGGCAGUAUAGACCUAUGGAUCACUUAUUUCCAUUCUUACCAUUCUCGCUGUAAUGUACCACAUUUGAAGCACCUGGUUGGGGCUAUCAAAUGAGAAAUUUAGUCAUAUCCAUUUGAAACAUUGAUCUUUCAUUUCCAUUUUUUUCUCCAUCCCUCCCCUUGCCCUGCAAUAUGUUGUUCAUCUGGUUUUAAUGCUGCAUGAAUAUGCAUUGUCUCAUACCUGUUUGCUUUGGAUGCUGUGUGCUGAGCUGUAACAAAAUGUUGCUGCUUUUGUUAUCCGUAUACAGCUGCUUGCUUUAAAUUAGUAGAUUCUGAAAUAGCUUUUUCUUGCAUGUCUAAAAUAAAAGUAUUGCAUGUA